AUGGCAGCAAACAUCGGUAUAAUGGAUUCUGCAUAUUUCGUCGGCAGAUCGGAAAUUCUGUCCUGGAUCAACUAUACUCUCCAACUCAAUCUAUCCAAAGUCGAAGAGGCUUGCACGGGUGCGGUUCAGUGCCAGCUGAUGGAUGCGGUUCACCCAGGGAUGGUGCCGAUGCACAAAGUCAAUUUUGAUGCCAAGAACGAGUACGAGAUGAUCCAGAAUUACAAGGUCCUUCAAGACGUGUUCAACAAACUCAAGAUCACUAAGCAUAUUGAGGUGAACAAAUUAAUCAAAGGAAGACCGCUGGAUAAUUUGGAAUUUAUGCAAUGGAUGAAGCGUUACUGCGAUUCUGUCAAUGGAGGGCUGGCAAGAAGUUACAAUCCUUUGGAAAGGAGAGAGGCCUGCAAGGGUGGCAAAGAAGCUAGCAAGAAAUCUGCAACUGUGCAACCUUCAACUAAAAAUGCAGCAUCUUACCCGAAAAAUGCCCCUCAUAAUGGACGAAGGAAUGAUGCAACUAAUGUGAACUUAGCAAACCAAUCUGUUAAGGUUGCUAGACCUUCUGGUGGAGGGCCUCCUGUCUAUACAGAAGCAGAUCGCACUGCAUAUGAGCAACAGAUUACCGAGUUAAAGCUAUCAGUGGACAGUCUUGAGAAGGAGAGGGACUUUUACUUUGCCAAGCUGAGGGAUAUUGAAAUCUUGUGCCAGUGUCCCGAGAUUGAAAACCUUCAAGUGGUCGGAGCAAUACAAAAGAUUUUAUACGCUGCAGAUGAUGAUUCAUCAGUGGUAGCUGAAGCUCAAGCCAUGAUAAUGGAGAAUCAGCAGCAGUUGGAACCUCUAGGUUCCAUACUAGAGGAGGUAGAAGACGAGCCAAGGGGGGAUAAUCAGAAGAGGAAAAGUAUUAUCAAUAUUGAGGUUGAAGCUGCUGCUAGCAACACAUUGACUCCAAGACAAAGGACUUCUGAUGCCUCAGAUGUUCAUUGUAGUGGAUCACCUCUCGUGACUUAUUGA